AUGAAUAAUAAUAAUGUGUAUGUACAUAACGGGAGUAAAAGUUGGUUUACUCUUUUGUCUUUGCAAAAAGAAAGAGAGAUGAUCAAUUUAUUACGACAUAGUGGUAGUAAAUCGACGACCAUCUUUAAAGACACUUUACUAUCUUCGUCUUUGAUUAGACAAUCGUUUAGUAGUGCUAGUAGUGGUGGCGGUGGAGCAGACAAUGAUCAUUCAUACAGUGCAACACUUAAUCUACCAAAGACAUCAUUCUCGAUGAAAGCAAAUGCACAACAACGAGAACCAACUCUACUCAAAGACGCAUACCAAUUGUACAAGUGGCAAGAAACGAAUAAUGUAGAGGGUGGCAAGACAUGGGUGUUUCACGACGGUCCACCCUACGCAAACGGAGACUUGCAUCUCGGUCACGCACUCAACAAGAUUCUAAAGGACAUUACCAACCGUUACAAGAUGCUUCGUGGUCACCGUGUCAACUAUAUCCCCGGGUGGGACUGUCACGGUCUGCCUAUUGAAAGUAAGGCAUUCGAAUCGAUCCGUCGUGAAAAGAGUGAUCGCAUGACACCUGUAGAGAUUAGAAAGACGGCCAAAGCAUACGCUGAAAAGGAGAUACGCAAGCAGAUGGCAUCUUUUAGAUCAUGGGGUAUUAUGGGUGACUGGGAAGCACCUUAUAUCACAAUGGCACCAGACUAUGAGGUAGCUCAACUCGAAACCUUUUACGAUAUGUAUAAGCGUGGAUACGUUUAUCGCGGUAUCAAGCCCGUUCACUGGUCACCGUCAAGUCGUACUGCAUUAGCUGACGCCGAGCUCGAGUACAAUGACAACCAUGUCUCGCAAUCCAUCUUUGUCAAGUUUGCAGUGACACAGUCUUCCAACGCUCACAUCCUCGCUGCUAUGAGUCGUGGUGACAAGGUUCAUGCUGUCAUCUGGACCACCACGCCAUGGACCAUUCCAGCCAACCAAGCAAUCUGUGUCAAUGCCCAGUUGGAAUACUCGCUUGUCAAACAUGACAAGAUCGACAACCACCUACUCAUCGUGUCAUCUGAACGUCUUGCAUCGCUCAGAUCAGCAUUUGGAUUGGAUUUAGAGGUCGUUGCAACAUUUACAGGUGCACAACUUGAAGGAACUCAAACAGUCCACCCACAAUACAACCGUCCAUCACCAGUUCUUCUCGGCGACCAUGUUGUCGCUGGCUCUGGUUCUGGUUUGGUACACACUGCCCCAGGACACGGUAUGGAGGAUUUUGCCAUCUGUGCUCAACACAAUAUCGCAGUCUUGUCGCCAGUCGAUGACGAAGGUCGUUUCACCAAGGAGGUAGGUGACAAGUUUGUCGGUAUGGAGGUGCUUGGCGGAGGUAAUACAGCCGUUAUUGAAGACCUCUCUCAACUCGGGUGUUUAUUACACCAAGAAAAGUACACUCACAAGUAUCCAUACGACUGGCGUACAAAGAAACCCAUUCUCAUCCGUACCACCCGUCAGUGGUUUGUCGAUCUCACCGACGUGCAUCAAUCGGCUAUUCAAGCCAUCAACGCCGUCAACAUGGUACCUCCAUCGGGUUCUAACCGUCUGUCGAGUAUGGUUGGACGUCGUUCAGAUUGGUGUAUCUCGAGACAACGUUUCUGGGGUGUACCCAUCCCCGUCUUUUACGAAAAAGAGACUGGCGAAGCACUUAUCAAUGACGAAACCAUCCAACACAUUCUCGAGGUAUUUAGAAAGCAUGGUGGUGCAGACAGCUGGUUUGAACGUGACGUAGCUGAUCUCCUUCCCGAGAAAUACAGAUCCGAGAGUCACAAGUAUGUCAAGGGUAGCGAUACCAUGGACGUAUGGUUUGACAGUGGUACUUCAUGGCGUGGUGUCCUCGUACAAAGAGGAAUCAUUUCCAAAGAGGAUGGUGUAGCAGAUAUCUACCUAGAAGGUAGUGAUCAACAUCGUGGAUGGUUCCAAAGCUCACUCUUGACCUCUGUUUGUGCUCGUGGUAUUGCUCCAUACCGCAACGUCGUUACACAUGGUUUCCUUCUCGAUGAAAAGGGAAUGAAAAUGUCAAAGUCUCUCGGAAACACUAUGGCUCCAAACCUCAUUGUCAGUGGUGGACCAAACAAAACUGAAAACCCAGCCUAUGGUGUAGAUAUGUUACGUAUGUGGGUUGCCAGUAGCGACUAUAGUCGUGAUAUCUCCAUUGGUCCAAACAUUCUUAUCAAACUAUUGGAAAACAUCAAGAAAAUUAGAAAUACUGUUAAAUUCAUGUUGGGUUCAAACUUUGAUUUUAAUCCAGAAUUAAAUCAAAUUGAUUAUAAUCAAUUAUCUGAUUUGGAUAAAUUUGCACUUCAUAAAGUAUUUUUAUUGGAACAAAAUGCAUCAAAAUAUUAUGAUCAAUUCCAGUACAGCAAAGCAAUGCAAGAAUUAAAUAUAUUUGUAAAUGAAAUCUCUUCAUUUUAUUUUGAUGUCAUCAAACAAAGACUUUAUGUAGAGUCAAAAGAUAAUAUCCUAAGAAGAAGUUCUCAAACUGUUUUAUUCCAUAUGUUAGAUGUUGUUAAUAAGAUUUUAGCACCAGUUACAGUACAUACAUCAGAAGAUAUUUAUAAUCAUCAAUUUAAAUAUCGUAGUCCAAAGGAAUCAGUAUUUACUCAAGGAUGGUGUAAAUUUGAAGAACAAUGGUACAACCCAGAACUCUUUGAGAAAUGGAAUCACAUUAUUACUCUUAGAAAUGAAGUGAACCGUCUUUUGCAAAUCGUUCGUGACAAGGGUGUCAUUGGUCGUCCAGACGAAGCAACCAUUACCAUUAUGGUUACCAACGACCAAGUACCACUCUACACUCAUCUCACUUCACUCCAAUCACAACUGGAAGACAUCUUUUGUGUCAGUGGUGUCAUUGUCGAACCAUACAACGCACCUCCACAACUAGAAGGUGAAGCUGCCAUGACAUCUGAUGUUCUCAUCACCAACCCACAUGGUGGUCAAACUCUCUACCAACUCAAUGGUGGUAUUGACAAGGUUGCAAGAUUCCAAAUCACAUGUCAAAAGUCUACCCAACACAAAUGUCCAAGAUGUUGGAGACAUCAAAGUGAAAAGGAAGCAACCCUUUGUCAACAUUGUGUUAAAAGAUUAGAAGAAAUUAAACUUUAA